AUGGGUGCUGAAAUAGAUCUCUUUGAUGUCAUUACUGAUGUUGUUCCCCUCUCGAUCGUACCUGUCCAUGCAACUCCUAUGAGAAAGGAUAGAACUUCUUAUUCAACGAAAGGCAAGCCUUCUAAAGUAAGUACCUUUUCCUCUCCUUCCAUGACUUCUAGAAAUUCGAAUGCACCUGAACCCCCUACUAUAGUAAAGAAACCCCAGUCUAUGAUUAGUCUGUAUCUCGAUCCCAUCAGCAUUAAACCUAAUGUUGACAUGUCUAAAGAUUAUCCUGUUGUGACAAAUGUUAUGGAUGAUGUUAAAGCCUCUGAAACCAAUAAAAUACCUAGAUAUGUAACUACCUUGAGUAAAUCCAACAUGAUUGUUGCGGACAAACACAACAUAUAUAAUAAUAUUCGUGUGUUGAUCUCUCAAGUGUUGGGUAUUGGCCACAAGACUAAUGUCGUGCCAGAUGUAUCCACAUCCUUGGCCCAACCAGAUAACGAUAUUGAGAACCCCAUGGAUAAAUCUAAUGUGAAUGUACCUACUUUGUCUCCUAAACUAGCUUCUGGUAUAGUUAAAAGAUUGAAAAACAGAAAAGAUCAAGCUAUUGAAUCCUCCAUCACACCUUCAAAAUCUACCAGGAAAAGAGCUAGUGUUGGUCCUACGAAAAGAUGGAGCAAGGUGGUUACUCCCAUGUCUAAGAAGAAAUUCCUAAAGAGGAAGGAAGCUCCUUCUGAGUCUAGUGAAUUUGACCAUGAUGUCGAACACAAUGUUCAGGAGAUCAUCUCUAUUUCCAGAAAGAAACAGGGGAAAGAUGUUUUUGAAUGUAAAGAUGAGAUGAGUCUGAUUAAAGAGGUUGGAUUAAUGAAAAUUGUAACUGGUUUCGGCAAGUGCUAUGAAAUGCUUGUCAGAGAAUUUAUUGUGAACAUCUCCAAGGAAUGUGACAACAAGAGGAUCAAUGAGUUUAGAAAAGUGUAUGUCAGAGGAAGAUGUGUGUAUUUUUCUCCUGAAAUAACCAAUAGGUUCUUGGGAAGAAAUGAAGAAGAACAAGCUGAAAUAGAAGUAUCAGACAAUGUCAUAUGCAGAAAUAUUAUUGUUAAGCAAGUGAAGGAAUGGCCAAGGAAAGGGAAACUAUCUGCUAGUGCCUUGAGUGUCAAGUAUGAUGUUUUCCACAGAAUUGGAGCUGUUAAUUGGGUUCCAACCAAUCACAUUUCCAACAUUGCUACAGGUCUAGGAAAAAGCAAGAUUGAACUAUUGAUAAAGGCUUUGUCUAAAGAAGAAGGAGGUUUGAAAGGUGAUAGAACAUAUGAAGAAGAAGAAGAAAAUGAAGAUGCUACAAGAAAUGAUGAGGAUUGA